AUGGAUGAUUUCACUUCUAAUGAUACUGCCUGUGUCUUUACCUACAAUGCUUUCUUUUCAAAUAUGACUAAUAUUACUCUGAGCAACGAUUAUUUAUUUUCGUUUGAUGCGAUUCACUAAUUGUAAGGCAGCGGAAUAUCUCAUGAUUUCACUAAUGACAGUGCAUUACUAGAUGUUAAAUUUGAGUUCAUCAUAAUUGGUUAUCUCACACCAACAAAUAUGGCAAAUGUAACAUAAACAUGUGUUUUUAGACAUUGGUGUUAGAGGUCAAAUAUUAUUUAGAGUAAACCUGCAUAGUUAAUUCAAGAAUAUGAUAUAGAAGACUUUACUUAAGUAAAUGUAUAUGAGUUUAUUAAUUGGCACUAACUAAAUUAAUCAUGCCCUGCAUUCACAAUCUCAACAUUAGUAAAAGACUUGAUAAGUGACUCUACAAAUAACGAUAUAAUUAACCUUUCUUCAGAUUAAAAAUAUUUGCAGCUAAAUAAUAUGGGUGUUUCUACAGUAUCUAAGUACAACAUUUCGCUAAAUAGUACAAAUCAGCACCUUGCUAAUGUUACAUUCUUCUACAUAAAUGUUACUGAUAGAUGCAAGAAUAAUAAUAUAAUUAAGAGCUAACUAUCUAAUAAAACUUACACGAUUGCAGAUGAUGAGACUACUUAUAUUUACUCACCUUGGUCUCAUUCUGUAGUAAAUUGUGGUACUUUAACCUAUUCUAUCUAAUAUAUUGGGAAAUCAUCAUUCUCAAAUUUUGUAACUAUUGAUAGUGCAACAGGUUAAAUCAAAUAUAAAUCUAACUCUAACAGUGAUGCCGGAUAUUAUGAAUUUAAAGUUAUAGCAAAAGGAAUUGGCAAAAAUUAUUAAACAAGUGCUGAAGAGAUUUGGACUUUAGAUGUUAUACCGAUCGCUACAAGUUAAGUAGUAAAUAUAGGUCCCCCUCAUUUCACAAGUUUUACAAAUUUUGUCAGAAUAAAAGUAAAUGAAACCUUUUCAUACAGAAUACCAUCCUCAUAUGAUCCAGAUAAUGAUGAAAUAGCAAUGUUUGUAUAUAUUGGAAGAGCAUUAGGAUUCGCUUGA